AUGACGCGCGUCGGCGUCCCGCUCGUCGCCGCCGCGCCGCCGCGCGCGUCUCGCGUCGCCGCGCGCGCGACCUCCGCGCGACCGAUCGCGCCCGGCUCGGCGUAUCCCGCGAAAGAGCACUGCAGCGAGUGCGGACUGUGCGACACCGCGCACGUCGCGCGCGUCAAGGAGGCGUGCGCGUUCCUCGGUCCCGGCCAGUCCAGGAUAGAGACCUUGGAGCCGGUGGUUCACGGGCGCGCGCGAUCGGCCGCGCCGAGCGACGAGAGCCGCCUGGGCGUCGCGCUCGAGACGUUCUACGGCGCCAUGCGAACUCCGGUCGACGGCGCGCAGUGGACGGGGAUCGUGACGAGCGUCGCGCUCGCGGCGCUGCGAAGCGGCGCCGUCGAGGGCGUCGUGUGCGUCGCGUCGCGCGAGGACGACUCGAGAGCGCCGAGACCGAUAUUAGCGACGACGGAGGAGGAAAUAUUGAGCGCGCGAGGCGUGAAACCGAGCCUGUCGCCGAAUCUGAGCGUGCUGGCGGAGGUGGAGGCGAGAGGCUUGAAACGCGUCUUGUUCAUAGGCGUCGGCUGCGCGGUGAGCGCGCUGCGCGCCGUCGAACCGCACUUGGGCCUGGACGCGCUGUACGUCGUCGGCACGAAUUGCACCGAUAACGGGAGGUGGGAGGGAUUCAACAAGUUCAUCGACGCCGCGAGCGACGACCCGGACACGGUGAUGCACUACGAAUUCAUGCAAGACUAUCAGGUGCCGUAUUUCUGCCUGCCCGCAAAAGAUUUGACGGACGUCAUCGCGCCGUCGUGUUACUCGUGCUUCGACUACGUCAACGGUCUCGCCGACGUCGUCGUCGGCUACAUGGGGGUGCCGUACAUGGACAAACCGAUGGAUCGACAUCCCCAGUACGUCACCGUGCGAAACGAGCGCGGACGCGAGAUGAUUGAUUUGAUUCGCAACGACAUGGAGAUCACGCCGUCCACGUCCAGCGGCGAUCGUCGACCGUUCGUCAUGCAAACCGUCGUCGCCGACGACGAGGCGAAGCUCGGUCGAGGGCCGGAUAAACCGGCGCCUCGCGUCGUCGGCAAGCUCCUCGCGUGGCUGCUCACCAAAAUCGGUCCCAAGGGCAAAGAGUUCGGGAUGUACUCGCUGGAUUACCACACCAUACGAAACUACAUGUACGUCAACCGCGCGUGGGGCGCGAAGCGCGCGGAGGAGCACGUCCCCGAGUACGCCAAGCGCGUCGUCCGCGAGUACGACGUCGACGGCGCGAUAUCCGCCCGUCUGCGCCUCAAGUGA